AAACAAUCCAUGGUUCAGCGUUGGAGACGCAGGGCUGCUCACAAAGACUCUGCUGCGUCCUUGUGAAAAACCGAGAGCGGAGUAGAUAUCAGCGGCUGAUAUAUGAGGGACAGUACGCUACGUCAGCAGCCAUGAUACUAUAACAGGAGCCUUGGAAAAAAACAAAGACUGACACGGAGAGAAGAGUUCAUACAUACAGAGAAUAUCUAAAGGAGCCUGUUCAGACUAACUGGUACAGGAGAGAUGACCAAAGAGACUGAGACUCUGGGACUGGUCUUUCAGAGCGAGAACUUCAGCUAUAACCAUUGUACAAACUACAUAAUGGACUCCUGGCCCUAUCUGGACACCCCCAACCCGGAGCAGAAGCUUAGAAUGCACCCUGGAGAAACCAUGACAGCCUUAUCAAUGCUUCAGGAACAGUGCAGGAAAGAGCAGAAAGGUGCUGCCUUCAACCGCAACAUCUGCAAGCCAACAGACAGGACUCUGACCACCGUCAACGACCCGGUCCUGAAGAUCCUCUCUGAGAUCGUUCCCGCCUCCCACCCUCAGGAGGUCCUGGGACUGAAGCCGAUCUCCUCCCAGCCCAUCAUUUCGGCUCCCGGCUCCUCGGACACGUACGCCACCCUGAGCAGCGUCGUCGCCGACACGUACGACAAGCAGGAGCUCAGCAACAUCUUCGACCUGAUGCAGAAGUGGCCGGACAACACUGCGUUCGCUGACCCCAGCGCUGAGACUCUUCCCUAUAGCGAUCCGUUUCCUGAAAGCCACCCCAGCCCCGUCUACUCUGGCUCGUACGCCAGCUCCUCUCCGGAGAGGCCCAGGAACGACUUCCAGUUCGCUCUCGGAUCUCCUGCUGCGUUGCCUCACAAGUCCAGCGAGUUGCCGAUGGUUUACCUGAACAAAGGCCAGUUCUACCCCAUCACUCUGCAGGGAGUCGACAGCAGCGCCUGCCUCACCGCCACCAAAGUCAAGACGGUGGUGAUGGCUGUGUUUGAGAACGACAAGAGCCCAGAAAUGCAGCUCCGCUUCUGGAACCACUGGCACGCGCGCCAGCCAACUGUCAAGCAGAGGGUUAUUGACAUCGCCGACUACAAAGAAGUGUUCAGUGGCAUCAGCAACGUGGAGGAGGUGGCCUUCAACGCUUUCUCCUUCGUGUGGAACCCCAACGAGGAGGCGAAGAUUUACAUUGGAAUAAACUCCCUGAGCACCGACUUCUCCUCUCAGAAAGGGGUGAAGGGCCUGCCUCUGAACCUGCAGAUCGACACCUACGACUUCAGCUCAGGAAACAACCAGCUCAUCCACAGAGCUGCCUGCCAGGUCAAGAUUUUCUGCGAUAAGGGUGCAGAGAGGAAAAUGCGUGAUGAAGAGAAGAAGAGAUCCAAGAGGAGGGGAAAGAAUACUAAUGAUGCACAUACCAAGUCUGUUGUGAGCAGCUCCAUCGGCUCCGAGUGCACCUUCUUCAAAACUCUAGACGACCUCGUCACUCAGCCAGUUCUCUUCAUCCCAGAGGCACACCUCACCAGCUUACAGCGCAUGGCCACUCCUAUGGACGACAUUGAAAGGAGUUGUCUGAAGAGGCUGUAUCCAGACAGAGAGCAGAACGGCUCUCCGCCCAGCAAACAGACACGCAGAGAAGACCCACAAAGAGUCCUGCUGUACGUGAGAACCGGCGCUGAGGAAGUGUUCGACGCGCUCAUGCUCAGCUCGCCGACGCUGUCAGGCCUGCGAGAAGCUAUUUCCGAAAAGUACGGCUUGCAAAAAGACACCAUUGGGAGAAUCUGCAAAAAAUGCAAACGAGGAAUAUUGGUCAACAUGGACGACAACAUCAUCGAACACUACAGCAACCAGUCGGCUUUCCUCAUCGAGAUGUGUGAGGUGGCAGCCGGUCAGCUGCAGGUUACGCUCGUUGAAGUAUAAACUCACCUGAAGGACGGAGAGACACAGCCGGCGUUUGAAGCGUUGCCAUGUUGGAGCUGCGGACUAAAAAACCCAAAGAGCUGGAGCCGGACUGAACGGACCCCUCCAGAUUUUCAGACUUUAAGAUGAAAAUGUUAAAACCAUUUCUUGAAUUUGUAAAUCCCGGUCUGCCCAGUUCUUAUGGUUUGUUUAUUUGACUAAAAUAUUUUUAAUGUAAAACAUUUGAGUUGCAGUGUACAUAGAUGUAAAUAGAUUAAUAUUACAGUGUUCUUAUGAGCUUGACACGAUUUGCUUUGAAUUUCAAUUUUCAUUUUCAGAGCUCUAAACAUCAUUUGUGCUCAGCAACCUUUUUUUAAGCAUUUUUAAAUGUUGUACAUUUUGCUGCUUUCAGUCUACCCAUCAUUUCUUCUGCAUAUCCACUGGUGCGUUUUUAUUACCCACAAUCUGACUUUUCUUUUUCUUUCUUUUUUUACUGCCAAGCCUCUUUCUAUUUGUUUUCCCUCCUAAAAAUUGCCAGAAAAAAGUCAAGUUGGAGUCCGAACCUAAAGUCAGACAUUUCCACCGAGGUUUAGUAUUGGCCAUUUUUUUCUAGCCCAAAUCUUCAGACAUUUCUCGACUUUAACCUCGGUGAAAGAGUUGAUCCCCAAAUUCCCCCAAAAAACUUUCAGGUUGAAGAGGAGACUUUCAAGUUAUGCAUGUGUGUGUGUGUAUGAGGGGAAAGAAAAAUAUAUUUUUUACGUAGCGCAUCAUUUCAAAGCAACCAUGUAUCCCUGCAUUAUUUCAUGAUAGCAACAUGGCGACUCGUUCAGAUUUUUCCUCUUUUUUUCAAAGAAAAUAAAAAAAA